AGAUAACUAGAUCUAUUAUAGAUAGAAUCUCUAGAGACCUCUUUUCUAGAAAUCUUCAGAGAAUCGGAGAGCAAGAUCUAGACUAUCAUUAACUAUCAAGAAAUGGCAUUGUCAGCAAACUUUCAAAAAGAAAUAAAUAAAACUGUUGGAUUUAUUGGUGGUGGAAGAAUGGCACAAGCAAUGACCAAUGGAUUUAUUUCAUCAGGUUUGGUCCAGGCAAAGAAUAUAUAUGUGAGUGAUAGUAGUGAACAGAUGUUGGAAGUACUAGAGGGCAUUGGAGUAAAUACUACUAAAGAUAACAAAUCAGUUGUGGAGAAAAGUGACCUGAUAGUGAUUGCGGUCAAACCGAACAUUGUGAGUUGUGUCUUGAAGGAAGUUGCUCCAGUUGUCAUCCCUGAGAAACACUUGUUUGUGUCUAUAGCUGCAGGAAUCACAAUCAGAUCUAUUGAACUGAACUUGCCACCUGGCACACAUGUGGUCAGGGUUAUGCCCAACACCCCUGCCUUGGUGCAGGCAGGUGCCUCUGUAGUUGCCUCUGGCAGUAAUGCUGUUCCAGAAGAUCUGGUCCUGGUCCAGGCUAUGUUGAGAACAGUCGGUAUCUGUGAUGAAUGUCCUGAGUAUCUAUUGGAUGCAGUAACUGGAGUCAGUGGAAGUGGUCCUGCCUAUGCAUUUGCAGCAAUAGAGGCCUUGUCAGAUGGAGGAGUUAAAAUGGGGCUUCCAAGAGAACUAUCCACAAAACUGGCUGCUCAAACAUUGUUAGGUGCAGCCAAGAUGGUGCUGGAGACUGGCAAACAUCCAGGUCAGCUAAAAGAUGAGGUAUGCUCUCCGGCUGGCACCACCAUUGCUGCCAUGCAUGUUCUUGAACAGAAUGGCUUCAGGGGGCUCUGGAUGGACGCAGUAGAGGCUGCUACCUUGAGAGCCAAAGAGCUUGGUUCCAUCAACCAGUGAGAUUAAAAAAUGAUAGAAAUUUCCGGAACAGCUGUGAGAUGUGGCCUUAUACCAUAAGGUGCUCAGGAAUUAAGACUAUUCCUUAACUUGCAGGCAUUUAUUAAAGAUCACUGUGACAUAUGUCCAGCAUUAGUUUUAGUUUACCCACGAAUGAGGUGAACAAUUGAACAGUAUUAUGGCACUUUAACUAUAACUCUGGCUUUAUUUUUGGCCAGUGCAGUUAGUGAUGAAUUGCCUCCUUUUUUGUUGGUAUCUUUAUAAUCAGUUGUCAAUAUGACAAAAACAUUUUGUAUGCAGAAUGUACACUUAUUAUUUGUUCCCCUCACAUUCCUACUUUUUGUUGUAAAAUGUCUUCAGUUUUAAGAUUUGUUUAUUUUUAUUUCUCGAUGUUAGUUUUUCAUUCAUAUGUUUGUGUUAUAAAAGGCUAAAUGUUUUCAAGAAAGUUUAUGUACUUGAUUACAUGUGACUGAUGCAAAAAUAAUUAUGAUAAAAAUUAUAAUAAUAAUUAUAUGUUGAUAUGGAGUAAAGUUGUUUUAUUUUUUUAUUAACUGCCAGUGUUUAUGGAGUCAUGCUUUUAGAUUUCUUUACACUUCUCUGCAAAUUCAAGGGCAGGUUAUAUUUAAAGCUUGUGUUCAUUUUAAAUUACUUUUUCAAAUGUUUAUCUGCUAAGCCUAUUGAGUUACUUAUUCAAAAUGAAAACUUUUUUAAGCCUAUUGAGUUACUUAUUCAAAAUGAAAACUUUUUGAAGCCUAUUAAAGUUACAUCAUGAUAAGGGAAACACAUUUAAUUGGUUUGUUUUUCAAUAUAAUUUUAUAGACUUACUUAUUUUGACAAUGGACAAAAACAGUCAUCAAACUCAAAUAUUUUUUAAAAUGUUUUUGCUCAUACUAGAUAACCAUUAUAUGGUAUAUUAUUCAUGUUACUAACCAUGACAAACCUGUCUACAUAUAAUAUAAAAGAAAAUGUUUUUGAACAUGCAUAA